UCCCUUCACGCACAGAGAGCAGAGAGAGGCGCAAGGUGGGCAGAAGUCGCCGAUUGCUUCCUUCCUUCCUUCCUUCCUUCCUUGGCUUGCUUUGCUUUGCUUUGCUUUGCUUGGCGACCCGGGGAUUUUGCGACAAUCCACGCAGAAGCCUUCGGCAAGGAGACAGAGAGAAGGAGAAAGAGGGGGAGCAUCAUGCCCAAAAGGAAGUCUCCAGAGAGUGCUGAAGGCAAGGAUGCAGCAAAAUUGACAAAACAAGAGCCAACAAGACGAUCUGCAAGAUUGUCAGCUAAACCAGCUCUGCCAAAUCCUGAGCCAAAGCCAAGGAAAACCAGUAAGAAGGAAUCUGGAACAAAGGCUAACAGAGGUGCUAAGGGGAAGAAGGAUGAAAAACAGGAAGCUGCAAAGGAAGGCACGGAGAACUGAAUUGUUAGAUGACGAAUACGUGUAAACUGAAAUGAACAUUUGAGAAUGAUUUUAUGUACCUCUGGACAACUUUUAAAGGAUAUUUUUAUCAAGUAUUUUGUAAAGGCUAAUUUUUUAGGACAAGCUGUAUAUGAACAUUUGUUCUUUACGUACUCAUGCGCCUAGAAACUCCAAACGUUGCCAAGUAUCAACAUAACAUCAGGGAAAGUGUUCAUAAGAUUGGACAAGCAUUCCAUAUAUUUGCUUUUAGGAAAUGUACAUUUCAUUCAUACAGUCAUGUUUUUUUCCCUUGUGAGUAUGUGGAUUUUACAUGCAUUUUUUUCUAGAGCAAUAAUUGGUGGUGCUUUUGUACUUAAAUGUUAUGUAAUUUUAAGGAAAUGUGUAUAGAUGUGGCCACCAGCUGAAUAUUUUGAGUUCCUCUCAUUUGUUUAAAAUAGCAAAAGACUUUCUGACAGUAAAUACAAUUUUCCAAUAUUUUCUCUAAAUCUGAUAUAUGCCUUAUUAAUACUUAGCUCUUGUUAGUAAGCACACUUAGUUAGAAGCAACUUCAGGACGUCAGGAAGUUAAUAGGAAUCCUAAAACCAGUUACUUGACAGAAGACUAGAGAACUUAAUUAAAUAUUAAACCUAUGUAGUUGGGGGUAAAUGCUGUAUUGCUUAGCUGUCUCCAGGAAGCAUUUAUGGCAAUUGCAGAUCUACAAUAAAUAAUUAUAUUUACAGCAUCUAUAUUUUAAAAGACUUGCAUAACCUGAGGCCGAUUGAACUAUAAGCUGUUACCAUGUCUUGUGUGUUGCAUGGUGGCUUAGAAAUCUUCUUUUGAGACCAAACAAGAAAGCUUUUUGAGCCUAUAGAUAGCUUGGUGGGCCACACAGAGCCUUAUGUUUUGAGUCAAAAGGACUAAAAUCAAAUAAGGCAAUGGCAAGAGGAUGAAGGCCAGUUUUCUGCCCCAGAAUCCCCUAGAAGCUAUAUGGAUUUCCCAAAAACAAAACAAAAAAUUCAAAGCGAGCAGAACUCCACUUGUAGUUUUGAAUGCAAAAUAGUGCAGAAGCAACUGUAUCAAAAAAGUGCAUUGCUAUUCCUAGGUGCUUCUUGGAGAAGCAAUUCUCCAAGCAUCUUCCUUUGAAUCAGAAAGAGGUAUAGAAAAUUUAAAGGCCACCAAAGCCAAAAGCUCUACUUGGGCUGUGCUUCACUCAUAGUCUAUACAGCAGGAGGCUUGUUUCAAUUAAUUGAUGUUACUUCAAUGGACACUGAAAAUAGGCCCCUUCUGUACUGCCAUAUAAUCUAGAUUAUUGAAGCAGAUAAUCCACUUUAUGUGCUUUGGAGUGGAUUAUAUGAGUCUACGCUGCCAUAUAAUUCAGCUCAAAGCAGAUAAUAUGAAUUUUAUAUGGCUGUGUAGAAGGGCCCCUAGUCUUGUACUGUAAUAGCACAAAUUGAGUUAGAGAACUCAUUUUUUUCUUGUUUGGGAAAUUGAAAGGGAUGCCUUUUGCACCUCAAUCACCUUCCUCUUCAUGAAGGUGUAAACAUCUAAAGUUAUAAAACUGUAGUUCCUCCGUGCUUCAGUUUUUUUUCUUCAUUAAUUAAUUUUUCUGCUUUAUUAGCAGAUUGUGGUUGAGGUGUCAAAAUUAAAGUUGAACAACAAUGUGUGUUACUCCACCUGAUAGAGAUAAUGUAGGUGAAAUUCAUCUUGAAGACAUAAUAAUAAUCAAUUAGUCAAAAGGAUUUUUCUGGCAUUGUGUUAAUAUAACAUUAGGCCAUUAUAAAUACCCAGUUGUUUUUCCUCUAUAUUUCGUCCUUUUUGAUGGGCCUUGACUAUUUAUGUUAUAUGUGGAAUGGCAAGGGGAGAUAUUUCUUGUCUUUUGGUAAUAUUUUUAUUGCUGCAAUGAUGGCUAUAAUAAUGUCUGGGAAAUAUCUGCAUGUUUUAGUCAAUAAAUGAAGUAAUUACCAAAUAA